AGAAGACGCGUUGCCUCUUUCUUUAGAGACCCAGAACAAGGCCCAGCCCUAAUCGGGCACGACCCGAGAUCUUCUUCCAUACGAAUCUUCAUAUAGAUCAGGCUGGGCCUUUGGCGGGAAAACGAAACAGUUGUAUUAUUAAUUUUCCUUCAAAAACUAGAAACUUCAUCAAAACUUUACUUUCUAGUUUCUAACAAAUUAGGGUUUCAAAAUUUUUUUCCUCUCUCAUUUUCUCAUCAGAGAAGUUGAAGAUGGAGAAGGAGAACGAUAUCAAUAGAGGAAGAAGCAAUAAAGGAGGAGGAAUUGCAGAGAACAUUUUGGCUUUUCUUGACGCUUCCGUGACUAAAGACACUCAGGACGCCAAUGAUGAUAAGGCUAAAGAGUACAUUUUGUUGAUUGAUGAUGCUUAGGGAUUGCUUUUCUUGAAGCUGUUUUUGCUGCUUCGAUUGUUCCAGAAAGUGGGUUUCCUCCAACCAACAAAAUGAGCGAGGCGGUGUUUCAGAUAUUGAGGCUUGGCAAAUCCCUAGAACUGAUUAUGGCAAGUUUUCAGCUUUUGAAUGAGUUAGAUAAGCGUUACCCUCGGGUGUAUUUAUCAAAUUCAUCCUCUAGCGCUUCACUUGACUUAGUCGUGGUUAAAGAGGCUUGGUUGCCAUUUGUUCUUGGCUUGGGUACCAAUGAUAGUGAGAGAGAAGCAGCACACAAAAAGUCUGGUGCAACACUUGACUCCUCUGGUUUUCAUCUUCUGAUUCAAGACAUUGCUGCAGUGGCUGGUGAAGAAAAAUUUCAAGCAUUAGACACAAAGUCCCUUGGGAGCAUGUUACUGUUCCAGUAUCUUGUGAAUGUUCUUGAAGCAGAUAUACUACCUCGUAACAGUGUGUAUGAAGAAACUAUGAACUGGGCCCUUCUGAGGGAAUCUUUGCUUAACGUGCUUCUGGGGUCAAGAAAAUUAAACUAUAAAGGCUUAGUGAGAGAUUGCUUGACCAUUGUAUGUGGACUAUUUCAAAUUCAAUCUGCAUUCAGUAAUGAUAAGAUAUGUCUGGAGAAUUAUGUGGCAAAACCAUCUGACAGUUGUGACACUGCUGUGGCAAUUGCUUUGCCUGAAAUAGGACAGAAUACCUGCAUUGCCAUGCAGAAACUUCUGAUUCUAAUUAUGGAACUUGAUAUAUCAAAGAAGAAAGCAGAUAUGAAAGGUUUGACUACCAGAGCUGAUGGUGUGAGGACCCCACUGGUAGAGGUAAUUCUUGAUGAACUAACUUACAAUAAGGGCCUUCUUUCCCCAUUUCUCCAGGUCUUCAAUGAACCCAAAUGGAAGCUGGAUAUAAUUUUGCAGUAUUUCUGGAAGUACAUAGCAAAACCUUCUAUUCGUACUCGAAGAUCAACUGAUUUUGUAGAUGAUGAAACUUUCAAUGGAGCUUUGAAGUGCUUUUCAAAUGGUACUAGCACAAAAGGCAUCAUAAAAAGGAUCGGUAUAAAAGAAAUUCAGUUGCUUUUAGCACAUGGUUAUAAGGCUCAAUUGUUGCUAUUGUCUGAACAAUGCCCUGCUGAAGCCAUCUCAGAUUCCAAGGAAGAUGUGAGAAGCAACUCUCUUGUAGAAAUAAGCAAGAAUAUGAUCUCUGCUUUCAAUAGUUUGAGGAGAACUGAUGAGUGCAUAGAGAUUUCGUCAUAUGUUAAAGAAGCAAUGUUUACAGCAGCGACACUCCUCUCUAAAAAGUCUUAGUGGCUCAGAAUCAUUGACUCAUUCUGAAGGAUGCUAUGCUGCAGGUAAAAUCUGAUUGUUCCUUUAUACAUGUAUAGUAACGGAUAGGCAGCUGUAUGAAUUCUCUCUAUAUAUUGACUUGAUUGCCAGCCAGCAGCAUAUUUGUGUAGGGUUUUGCUGCUUUCAGUACGUUAUCUAUUUUCUAACUUCCCAACUAAUGGGAGUUAUUGUUUUUACUUUUUGUUGUUUUCUCCCUGGGGUAUAAUUUUUGGUCCAUCAUACUUAUGCCCGUUUUUUGUUUGGCCAAUUACCCUGAAUUAUGUCCCUGUAAUUCAAAAUGGUUAGUUUUAUAUUUUGCUCAGCCUUGAUGUGGAUGGUGACCCAUUGGAUGAAACAAUGGCUAGCCAAAAUUUGUAUACUCUUUGAGAUUUCUACCCA